AUGACUGGAAUUCCUCAAAUCUCGUUUUCACAUUUGGCAACAUCAACGUCGUUGAGUCUCGUUGACACCGAUUACCAAACAGUUAUCAUCAAUUCACUCCGAGAUAUUUCUCUUGUGGAAAAGUACAAUUACAUUGUGAAUGAAUUUCGAGUGACGAGUAAAAAUGAAACCCUCAAAUUGUGUAACGUGACAACAACUGGAAAAGUGUUUUACAUUGAUGACAAAUUUACUUUCAGUGGGAUAAAUGAUGUGUAUGAAAUCACAAGCAAAUCACUCGACCUUGAAAUAACAAGCGUAACAAAUUCGAAAAUCACAAUGUCUUCAGACAAUUCCAUUCUGAAACUUAUAGGCGACUUUUCAUUGAAAGUCUCUGGAGAGAAAAAUGUGAUUGAUGUCACUACAAUGGAAACGUCUCUUGUCAACACGGGAGCAAAUCUUUUGUUUUCAAAUAAAGGAAUAACAGCAUUGAACACAAAGACUGGGACUGCUCUUUCUGUUGUUAUAAACUCAACUGGUAAUUGUCAGGCUGGACUAUUUGGCGAUUCUUUCCAGUGUAUUUUGUGUAACACGGGGUACUUUGUACAAGAUGGAGUCUGUUAUCAAAACAACAAGUUGAAAAACUGUGAAACGUAUGAUACAAAUGGAAAGUGUUUGGGUUGUAAAAUAGGGUUUGGCAAAGCCGACAACACAGGAGACUGUUUAAAGUGUUCAACAGAUUGUUUAAAUUGCUUGAAUAAUGUUUGUUUGUUAUGUUCUCUUGGAAACCAGGUCAAAAAUGGUGUAUGUGAAUAUGUGUCUACAAAUGAGACAAAUUGUGUUUCGUUUGAACAAAACAGGUGUUACAAAUGCAACAAAAAAUACAAUGUCAUUGACGCUCAAUGCACUUCUUGUGGCGACAAUACCGUUCAAUGUGAUUCACGUGAUGGUGUAUCAAUGGAAUCGACAAUAUGCGAACUCAAUUUCAAACUUGAAAAUAAAAAAUGUAUAAAUUCUGACGGGGUUUUAAUUGCAAACAACGGUGUUGUUUCAUGUGAAGACACAUAUUACUUGUCGUCCAACACAUGUUUAAAGUGCAAUGACGCAAUAUCAAAUGUUACAAAUUGUGGUUUGUGUAACAACAAAAUGUGCAUAAAAUGCCUUCCAAACACAAUACCUGAUUCAACAACAUCCACGUGUAAACCAGUUGAUGGUUGCCAAGAGUAUCUUGACAACUCUUGUGUGAAUUGUGGAACUGAAUUAAUUGUUGGUUUUAACAUUUGUAGGACAAAAAAGGAUGGGUGUUAUAAUAUGAAUACACAUGGCGAUUGUUUGGAAUGUGAUGAUGAGCAUUUUCUUUCAAAUGGAAAUUGUGAAACAAAGACUGAAGCAUCGAUCCCUUCUGUCAAUUGCAUUCAACCGUCUUCCAAAGGAUGUAACCGUUGCGAGCCUGGUUACUUUUAUGAUGACUCUUUCAAUUGUCAAAAAUGUUCUUCAAAUUGCGAAGAGUGCUUUUUCAAUUCCACGUACUGCACUUCUUGUAAUGGGGAGUCGUAUUUAUAUAACAACUUGUGUCAUUCCGGUGAAGAGCUCAAACGUACAUGUAAAAAGGUUUCUCCGAUCAAGGGAGGUGGAUGUUAUAUCUGCAAAGAUGGGUUUUACCGAGGUGACGAUCAAAUAUGUAGAGACUGCGACUCAACGUGUGAAACAUGCAAUCAAAAAGAUAAAUGCAUUUUCUGUAAAGAUGAGUACUUUAUGUCAUCAAACACGUUUGUAUGUAAACUGAAGAGCGAGAUGAGUGGAUGUACGACAAAGAUCAACUCAUUGACUGGUUGCGCUGAAUGUGAUAGUGGGUAUUUCUUAUUUGGAAACGAAUGUUUUAAAUGUGGAGAGACUUGUGCAACAUGUAAAAACAAAAACGACUCUUGUUUGUCGUGUGGAGAUGGUCUUGUUUUGAACAAUUCGUUAUGUGUUCCAUUUAAUCAAAUUAAGUACUGCACCAGUGCACACAACUCCAGAUGCACUAAAUGUUCCUUCUGGCAUGACAUAUCCGAGGGAAAAGAGUCAUGUGAAACAAAAGCGGUGUGGUGGGUCAUCGUAAUAAUAGUAAUAUUGUCAAUUGUUGUCUUAAUUGUUGUGUUUGUUGUUAUUGGAUGGCUGAUAUGGGCUGUUAGCAAGAAGAUCAGUGAAGUGAAACGGGACAAAGCCGUCUGUGUCUUUACAAUGGAUAAGUCGAAUGUGAGGUUUGUGAAAAGCAGUACGAUCCCAAUCGUAUCAAUGGACAAGUCUGAAUUAGUUUUCGAUGUGGACGGGCCAAUUCACGUGAACAAAGAGAAUAGGAUGUUGCUUUGUGUUGGCAACAAUUCAAAUGGAAGCAUUAAAGUCCAGUUCACUUCCAAAACAGGACAAAUGAAAUAUGAAAUGAAGGUCUCACCCAACCUUGUUUUACUUCGGUCUGGUAAAGCUUGUGAAUUUGAAGUAACAGUGUUACCUCUUUGCACUUCAGUUAUCAAAGAAGACAUAUCGCUUGUUGUUUCUGAAUUUAAGACUGGGCAACACUAUAAUAUGCCAAUUCACUUUUCGUAUGAAACUGAGAUAUCCACAUCAUUGGACCCCGACGAGUUGAUUGAAGACAAAAAGUUGGGAGAAGGUUCCUUUGGAAUUGUAUUCAAAGGGACGUUCAGGGGGUACGAAGUAGCGAUAAAAAAGAUGAAGAACGUCUCGGGGAGUGAUGAAGAACUCGACGAGUUUGAGAAAGAAGUUGUGAUGUUAGAUAAAUUCCGGAGUGAUUACAUCAUUCACUUCUAUGGCGCAGUUUUCAUCCCAAACAAGAUUUGUAUGGUGACCGAAUAUGCUGAAUUUGGCAGUUUAAAUGACAUGAUACAAAACAAGCAAUCAGAUGACGUUUCAAUAAAGCAACGCAUCAAAAUAAUGACGGAUGGUGCUCGAGGUAUUGAGUACUUACACUUAAAUGGUGUAUUGCAUAGAGAUGUGAAACCAGACAAUAUGUUAGUUGUAUCACUCGGUGAUUCUAUUCCCGUCAAUGCCAAAUUAACGGACUUUGGGUCUUCGAGAAACGUGAACACUAUGAUGACUAACAUGACAUUCACAAAAGGGAUCGGCACACCCUCUUACAUGGCGCCCGAGGUUUUACAGCAAGAGCACUAUAAAAUGGCGAGUGAUGUGUACUCUUUUGCGAUAACAAUGUACGAAUGUUUUGUGUGGGGUGAGGCCUAUCCCAAGAGUACCUUCAAGUUUCCUUGGGAGAUUCCAGAGUUUGUCACUUCUGGAAAGCGUCUUGCUCGACCUGAAAAGAUGGACACUGACCUUUACAAUGUGAUUGAUAUGUGUUGGUCCAAAAACCCUGUCGAACGAAUGAAAAUCGAAGACGUUGUUAAAGCACUUUCGGACCUCAAAAUAAACUAA